UAAAGUUGGAUCGGUGUGAUCUCCAAGCAUCCUAUUAUGAGAAGUAUAGAAUCCUUUCCCGACAAAAGCCGGUAUAUAAGCCACUAUGAUGGGGGUAAUAUCAUCAUUCGUUUCUUGUUCAUUCCAAAGCAAACAUGAAGCCAUUCAUUGUAGCAACAUUAUUAUUGGCAGUCGCCAGCACAGCAUUAGGUGGUGAGGCCAAAAAAGAGAACAAGAACUCGAAGAGAGGAUUGAUAGAUUUAGGUGGACAUGACGGUGGUUAUGGUGGCAGCAGUUACUCCUUUGGAGGUGGACAUGGGGGAGACCUUGGUGGAUAUGGAGGUGGAGGCCAUGGACUUGGUGGAUAUGGAGGAGGAAGCUAUGGUGGUCAAGGAGGAGCUGGUGGUCUUGGAGGUGGUUUUGGAGGAGGUUUCGGAGGAGGUAUAGGCGGAGGUGGUGGAGCUACAGUGACUACCAUCAACCGUGCAGUGCCAGUUCUAGUUCCCCAGCCAUACCCAGUUACCGUCAACAGACCAGUUCCUGUACCAGUGCCACAAAGGGUCGAGGUCCCAGUUCCACGUCCUGUACAAGUUGACGUACCAGUUCCUCAAACUGUUGAAGUUCCAAGACCUGUUCCCUACACUGUAAAUCGUCCAGUACCUUAUGCAGUUCGUGUUCCCGUUCAAGUACCAGUAAGAGUACCAGUUCAAGUAUCAGUUCCACAGCCUUAUCCAGUGGAAGUUCCACAACCAGUUCCAGUCAGAGUGCCCCAACCUAUUGUUGUCAACGUACCUCAACCAAUUUACGUUGGAGGUGGUGCUGCAGGAGGAUCUGGACUUGGUGGUGGUGCUGGAGCUGGUUUUGGAGGAGGUUAUGGAGGUGGUUAUGGAGGUUAUGGUUCUGGAGAAGGUUUGAAGGGAGGUUAUGAAGGCAGCAGUGGAAUCGAACAAAGCAUCAGCUACGGUGGGUCCUACGAUUCUGGUAUCCAUGGUAUCGACAGUUCAUCAGGAUACAGCAGCUAUGGUGGCAGUCAAGGACUCAGUCUUGGAGGAAAGUACGAUGCUGGUCAAUCUUAUUCCAUUGGCGGAUCUGACGGUGGAUACGGAGGAAAAGGCUCAGCCAUUACCCAAUCUGUUUCCAUUUCACAUGGAAGCUCAUACGGCAAAUCCAGUUUAGGAGGUGACAGCGGCCACCACAGUGGUUCAAGUGGUGGUGCUACAAGUUAUGCCAGCUUCAGUCUUGGAGGAGGUGGUUACAAACACGCUGCAACACUUAUACUGGCAAUCACCAGCAUUGCCAAUUGUGGGAAGGUCGAAAAAGAAAACAAGAUAACAAAGCGUGGUUUGCUAAACUUGGGAGAUGGACAGGAAUUCAAUCAAAUUGGCAGUAGUUACUCUUUGGGAAAUGCUCAUGGAGGAAAUUAUGGAGGAUAUGGUAGCCAAAGCUAUGGAGAUGUGAACUACGAAAGUGCUAACAGUCUAGGAUAUGCACAAGGUUACGGAAAUGGUAUUGGAGAACAUGGUGGAGCUACAGUGACUACCAUCAACCGUGCAGUGCCAGUUCUAGUUCCGCAGCCAUACCCAGUUACCGUCAACAGACCAGUUCCUGUACCAGUGCCACAAAGGGUCGAGGUCCCAGUUCCACGUCCUGUACAAGUUGACGUACCAGUUCCUCAAACUGUUGAAGUUUCAAGACCUGUUCCCUACACUGUAAAUCGUCCAGUACCUUAUGCUGUUCGAGUUCCCGUUCAAGUACCAGUAAGAGUACCAGUUCAAGUAUCAGUUCCACAGCCUUAUCCAGUGGAAGUUCCACAACCAGUUCCAGUCAGAGUGCCCCAACCUAUUGUUGUCAAUGUUCCUCAACCAAUUUACGUUGGAGGUGGUGCUGCAGGAGGAUCUGGACUUGGUGGUGGUGCUGGAGCAGGUUUUGGUGGAGGUUAUGGAGGUGGUUAUGGAGGUUAUGGAUCUGGAGAAGGUUUGAAGGGAGGUUAUGAAGGCAGCAGCGGAAUCGAACAAAGCAUCAGCUACGGUGGUUCCUACGAAUCUGGGACCCAUGGAAUUGACAGUUCGUCAGGAUACAGCAGCUAUGGUGGCAGUCAAGGACUCAGUCUUGGAGGAAAGUACGAUGCUGGUCAAUCUUAUUCCAUUGGCGGAUCUAACGGUGGAUAUGGAGGAAAAGGCUCAGCCAUUACCCAAUCUGUUUCCAUUUCACAUGGAAGCUUAUACGGCAAAUCCAAUUUAGGAGGUGACAGUUCAUCAGGAUACAGCAGCUAUGGCGAUAAUCAAGACCUAGUCAUUGGAGCAAAAUAUAAUGCCGGACAAUCUCAUCUGAUUGGCGGAUCUGACGAGGAAGGUGGUUUCACCAAAUCAUAUUCCAUUUCUCAUGGAAACUACAAUGGAAAACCUAGCUCCCAAGGUUUGAAUGGCGUUUCAAGUUACAACAGCGAAGGUCAGAAAUUCAAUCUUGGAGGACAGUCUUAUGCUGGUCAUUCAUAUUCACUUGGUGGGUCUGAACAUGUUUAUGGUGGUAAAGGAUCAGCUGUGGGCAAUUCUGUGUCAACCUUCCAUGGAAACUUCUACGGGAAAUCCGGUUCAAAUGUGGGAAGUAGUUAUAAAGGUGACUCGAAAAAUGGUGCUACCAGUUUUGUAAGAAUCCGACUUGGUGGUAACAGUCACAAGUAUUGAUAUGGUCAAUAUUAAUUUUAUAAAUUACUCAUCCAUCACUUUUAUAAUAAUCAUUAUUUGUUCUUCAAUAUGUGAUAUUUUUUUCUAUUAAGUAGGUAUACUUUUUGUAUUGAAUUGUAAUCUAAUAUAUUCGUUACUUUAAUUGUA